AAGAUUAAAAAAAAUAUGUAGUAGUAGAGUUUGUGGACACGGCUGAGGUGGCCACGAUACUUAAAACGUGGAUGGAGACAAAUGAGAACGGGGAGUUGGAAUGCGCUUGGCCAGACAACACUAUAAGCGUCAGAAAGGCGAUGGUAACAAACAAACCGCCAAAUGCAUCAUGGGAGAAAUGGCGAAUUAGAGUUCUAACAUCGUGUGAUGAAUUGCCGACUGCCCUUCUGAAAGAGAGACAGGCGCAGAGUACCUCAGACCUGGGCUCUUGCGCUGAGUCUGACGCUGGAAGAGGGCGUAGGAUAAAGAAACCAAGCAUGCGACUCUUCAGCGACUCGAGCAGCGGGGAAGACAGUGACCUUCCGCCUCCAAAACUUCCAAAACCGAGGCCAAUCCAGAACCAAAUCAAUUAUACUACACCAAAAGCUCAGACUUCUUCCAAUAUGAAGGACAGAAGUGAAGGGACUUCUUCGCUCUAUGUAGCAUCAGAGACACCAUCAACAUCCCACAAUGAGGGAGGAAUGGAGAGAAUGGAGCAUCAGAUAAAGAAAAUGGAAGAUCGUAUGGAGAGCAUGGAGAGGACAGUGCGGCUGAUGCGGAUGGAGGUGAGGGAGGUGAGGGAUUUCGUCGCACAAAUUGCCAAGGCCGCUCCUCAUUCGUUAACUGCCGUGGACAACACAACAAAGAUCAAUUUCAAUAGCAAAUUUCCCAUCAACACUCUAGAAGAGUUUAUCGAGUUGGAAGAAUCAUUAAAAAAUGAAGAAACCAACAAUUUGAUGAUUGACUUCUUUACAAGAGUCGGGGGGAGUUCGGUAGAGGACUCUGUGAGAAGGACGUUGGUGAGGCUACUAAGCAACGAGGUUGCUGUAAGUUUCAGCUGGGAAGGAAGGAAAGGGAAGAGGGCACUAAACAACCUUGCCAUCAUCAAGGCUUUGGAAAGAGUUGUAGCAGCAUCACACCCUCAAACAUUUACAAUCAAGAUUUUCGAAGUAAGAGUGAGGGAGUGGUUUAGACAAGCUGGGACCAGAGUAUCAAACAAAACUAAACGCGCAUUAUCACAGUGAUAACCUGGCAGGGUGUCUACCAACCGGGAAAUCCGGGGAAACCAAGAAUUGUACUUAAAUUUUUACUGGCCAUGAAAUG